CAUUACGCUGUUAGUUUGUUUCUGUUUAUGACGCCCCUGGUUUCUCCCGUGCUAUAAGAGCAAUUGUUUGGAAUGCAUCUCAAGAAAUCGAAAUGAGCUGUCUGCAGGGUGCAGAAAACUUCCACCAAUGCUGUCAGGUCUUCCUCAAGCUGUCUGAUCAGUUAAGAGAUGGCUGGAGUUGGGAGCCCAUCCAGGGUUCAGAGGAGGGCUACAUGAGAAAGACUGCGCUCAAGUCAGUCUUCAUAAAUUCCCAGGCUACACGGAAUCAAGACGGCUCGAGUUCCGACUUAGAGUCACACACUUCUUGCGACAUCAUAGGUGAUCAACUAGAACAGGGUGCUACAGCUGACGAAGCAGAUGUUUACGGCUUAACUGAUGACUUUGGUCAUGAAUAUGAUGAAGAUGGAAGCAGAAGUUUGCUUCAGUAUGAGUAUCACAUCCUGUAUUCCUGCAGCUAUAUGGCGCCUGUGCUCUAUUUCAGAGCCUCCACUCUCGAGGGAAGGAGUCUUUCUCUGGAGGAAGUGUGGAGUUUUGUUCAUCCAAACUUCAGGUCGCGAUUGCAGCACAGCCCGUUGACAACUAUCACGCAGCAGGAGCAUCCACUGCUGGGUCAGCCUUUCUUUAUGAUCCAUCCGUGUAAAACAGAAGAAUUUAUGAGACCAGUACUGCAGUUAGAAACAGAGCAACAGAGACAAGCGAACUACAUUUUGACAUGGCUCAGCGUGGUAGGCCCCCUGGUGGGUUUGGAUGUUUCCCUCAAGUACUCCACCCUGCCGUCUCCUCCCACUCAGGCUGAAGCUUCUCUGCAGCCCGUUUCACCAUCUUGACUGUGUAGGUCAGAGGUCCUCAACCACCGGGCCGUGGACCGUUACCGGUCCGUGGGUCAUUUGGUACCGGGCCGCAC